GACUUCCCCUCUUUUAUCAAUCUUUUAAGUCACGCACAAGGCAUUCCCCAACUGAAAAAUGGGAAUACAACUCAUCGACUACAACGAUGCUGGCAACAUACUGAAAAACCGUCGAUUGCACCGACGACUCGCUAGAUGGAGUUUUAAAAGACUCCGCAGUAUCUGGCAUGCCUUUGCGUACCCCCUGUACAAGCCGCUUAAGUUGCGCAGUCACAGAAGAUGUUCUCGAUCACAAAGUAGACUACUAAUGUUGCCUGCUGAGAUCCGGUUCAUCAUUUGGGACUACGUAAUGGCUAGUGGGCCCAUAGUAUUGUAUUGAUCGCAGAAGAGGGUUACUUAUAACUUAAUGCCAGAAAAUAGCCCAGAGAGCGGGAUAGACAUUACGCCACAGGCGAUCCGAAAGGCAGUUGAGGGCAGGGUUCAUAAAUCAAACAAGGUGCAUAAAAUAUCGUUGCUUGCUGUACUCCAGACAUGCCAAAUGAUAUAUUUAGAGACAUCACGUCUUCUAUAUCAGGCAAACACUUUCGUUUCCCUGCAGAAUUCAAUACCUAUCGACUUUUGCAAUUUGGCUCUUCCUGCUCACUUGUCGCUUAUAACUUCUUUACAUGUCCACUUCCAAUUCCGCGAAUUUGUCUAUAUUUGGGAUACAUGCCCAGGCCGACAAGAUCCAGACCCAUACAACGAAAGCACAUUUCAUCUAGUCUGCAGACAGAUCAGCCAAUCUAUGCCUAACUUGCGAGCACUCUCAAUCUUCCUACAAGGACCAUUAGUGCAACCCAAGACGUACGACUAUAUCUCGUCGUGCUUGACGAGUAUGCGGGAUGGGCUCAAAGAUUUAUAUUUCAUGGCUGUCAGAUUUCCACACCUAGCCCUCGAGGAAUUGGUUGCGGCCGUAUCCGGGUUGUACGAAGACGACCUAAGAAGAACAUAUCAGCGGCUUGAUUCGAUGAGAGAUCGUUUUCAUGUCCUGCAACCAUGUGUUGGGAAUGAUCGGCAACAAUGGGAGAUAGCAGAUCUGGAUACCGGGAGAGAGAAAGGUUGGAGGUUGGGUACCAUGUACCGGAUUAGUAAUCUCGGUUUGGACAGCGUCGAGAUGAGGAACUAUGCUAUUUUUACAGAAGCAGAAGCUUUCGAUGAACACAUAGAGAAACAUGAGCCAUAG